AUGUCGCUGGCCGCCAAAUUUCUUCGGCGGGGGUCAGGGAGUCGGGGGUCAGGGGGUCACGGGGAAGUGAAAGUGGCGGUCAAGGUCGACGGCUUCGGCGCACGACGAUAUCAGGAAAAGGAUAUACACAUAAAUGAUGGCAGUCCACAAAGCCAGAUAAAUGCCCUUUACUCGUCCCAAGCCCGGAUAUAUGGGGAAGAAAUUCUGUUAUUUUUGUACCAUUUCACCAAAACCUUCGCCCCGCUUGCAGCUGGCCCCGCAUCCCCCUUGAUCGUCCCGACGCCCACAUCCAAAGCCGGCUUCUGCCCGCGCCCCCUCGGCCCCCUGGGAGAGCUUGGCAGCCUGCUCGGCCUGCGCUCCGGUGCGGCCGGAGGCGCCGGAGACACGCGCUCUCUCGCCGCCGGUGAGACCGAGGCUUCGGCUGCUGAGGGAAGAGCCGCCGAGGGCUCCGACCGCAGGGACGAGCGCCGCCAGACUCGCAAGGAGCGGCGGGAGAGGCAGAAGCGCUCUCCACAGUCCCGUGACAGGGACGACCGCCGGGAGCGCCGCCUGAACAGACAAGAGAGAACCCGCGGGCGCGUGACUCGCCAGGCGGAGGAGCCGGACCAGAGGUUCUUCCUCCCCAAGCUCCCCAACAUCUUCUGCAGAGACGAGUGCUUCAACGACUUCGACUGCCUCGGGAGCCUCAAGUGCUGCAUCAAGGACGACUGCCGGUCCUGCACAAACCCCACUUUCUUCUAAACCUUUCUCUCUGUAUUUCCCUUUCCAUUUACUUCUCAGGAAUAUCGAUUUUAUCAAAGAUUUCUUGACACUGAGCACGAGUCUCUGACCUCCUUGCCAUGGGCUUAUAGGAAGAUUUGUUUCUCUUUAACGAGCAAAAGAAAAAGAUUCUUUGCUUUGUCACUUUCCUACAAAAGCUAUACACAUCCACAUUUUAUUUAAAGUUACCUUAUUUAUACGAAUACCUAAACUUUAACUAAAAGUAACUAUUUCUGAAUAAAAAAAAAAUAAAAAAUAAAAUGUUUUUAUACUCCUUAUAUAUAUAUAUUGUACACUGCUUACCUGGACGUGUGUCUCCAAUUAAUUUGAUACAUACUUUGAAUUUAAUAAUGUACAUUUUUAUUUUGCUUUGUUAAUAGUUUUGUAUAUAAACAUACAUGUACAAACAUGCAUGCACACAUGCACACACAAACACACACACACAUACACACACACACACACACACACACACACACACACACACACACACACACACACACACACACACACACACACACACACACACACACUCACACUUAUGAAUGAUGCAAAUAAUAUGUAUACCCACUUAACUUGUAGUAAACUGGAAGUGAGGUCUACUAGUAUAAAGGGUUGAGUAUCUUGCAAUAUAAAAAGCAACAAAUUCAAGAAGAUAUGUUAAAAAUAUUGGCUGCUCACUCAAAUGUAAAUCAUUCUUGUCCAGUGUGACACACCUAACUCUUGAGCUCAUCAAUAAACAGGAAAACAUAA